UUUGAACGCGCCGCUCUACUGACAGCGAAUGCCACAACGGUAAAACGGAUAACGGCAAUUGUAUCAUAUACGCACACGAUGUGUGUGUGUGUGUGUGUGCUUUAUUGGGCUGUCAGUGCGUUGACAGCGUGUUGGUAGCGGUGCAUUGACGCUCUUACUUAAUUUUCGUUUCGGUUAUUCAACUGCACCGCAUUUGUUAUUGUUGGCGCGCUUUGGUGGAGCAUCGUGCUGCCGAAUCGCUUUGCUGCUCGUGCGAAUCCUUCGCCGCUUGUUGUGUCAUAUGAAGCAAAAAUCUCAAUUCGUGCGUGUUGGUCGUUGAUGGCCAUCAACAACAUUCGCAUCCUUGGUUUGCUGGCUUUGCCGUUUGCUUGGCAGCAGGAACAAUUCAGUCAUCAUUGUGCAGUGGCGGCGUUUUGACGCGUUCUCCUCAUCUUCUGCUGCUUCGCAAUAACCAACACUUGUCGUCCAAUACAACAAAAGCUCUCGAAGGCUAAUACGAGUUAACGAGUGUGCAGUGGCAAAGCCGUAAAAGGAUAAUCGGUUGAAAUUCAAAGAUUCGCAGGCAAAAAACAAACAACAAAAUUGUGAAGCAGCGAAAUUUGAAAUACUUGCGCCAGUGUAGGUCGCCUGCUGGUCGUUCGUACUGAAACGAGUGGUCGUGCGUGUGCGUGCCCGCGAGUGUAUGCUUUGUUUUGUGGCUGCUGACUACUAACGAACUCGUUUAUAACAGGAAAUUCAUGUUUCAAGGAUAGGUUGGCGGCAAUUUUGAAAAUGUUGUCAUCGGUGGCGGCAUGCCGCUGUGGGCGUUGUUGCUGCCAGUCUGACCUGCAGCACGCAAUUUUUUUGCUGUCGGCGUUGGUGAACCAUGUAUGGUUGUAGUGUGUGGGCAGCUGGCCACUUGGUGAUGAACGGUGUGUUCUUUGCGUUUUGUUUUCCUUGGCUAGCACUGUCUUCUUGGCAAUUAUAUGUUGGCUUGGCAAACGCUUCCGAAUGAUGUCAUGCGUGUGAAAGUGCGUUGCUGCGCAAAAUAUUUAUGCAAAAAUUGUUUGAUUAAAGCAUAGCAAAUUACCUAUGUGUAUGUGAAUGACAACAACAGCAGUGUUUAUAAAUUAAUAUAUGCAAAUGUGUGUGAAUAAUGACAAAAACUAUGAAUAGUGAGUUGAAUAUACAAAAUAGAAAAAUUGUAUGAGAUUAAAAAAGAUUAGUUGCAAAAAAUAAACUGAAAGAAUAAAACAGAAAACAUAAUGAAAUAAAAUAAUACUAAACAGCGUUAACACUUAAUCCAUACAAAAGUGAAUGAAUUUAACAUACAAACAGGCUAAAUAAACUUCCUUCAAAUAUUGCAACAACACAUCAACGUUAAUAGCAACUAAUUCUAUACAAAACAUUACUAACAACUGCACAUUCAUGCCACCAUUCAUGGCUAUGCAACACAUACAAAAUGGAUUUAAUUACCCAUAAAGGAUUACGUUAACAUUAAAAAGGAUAAUUUAGCAGCACAUCAGCGGCCAGCAGACUCUGUGACAACAGCAGACGCCUAAAUACAGUUACGCAUGAUUUUAGUGGAUUACGAGCAGUAUAUUCAAUGUGACAGCAACAACAAUCAGCUAACAACGCACAUAAAAUAAGUGGCUUAAAUAACAUUAUAAAGGGCUCUCGUGCAUGCGGGCGUGCGUGUGUAUGUGUGUGUGACGUGCUAACAAAACAGCAACCACAACAACACGAAUUCGCAAUGGAUUUAUUAUUUUUAUUACAUUUACUCAUUCUACUCGUCAGUCAAAAUGUUGCUGUUCUCGGCCAAUUGGAGGGCAGUUGGCUAACCCUGGCACCCUCGACACCAUCUAUCACACAUUUUGUAAAUGAUUCCUUCAUUAUAUUCUGUAAAACAGUACAAAAGGAUGCGAAUGCGAAAUGGAAAGACCCUAAAGGGGUGCCCAAGGAAAAUACAAAAGGGCGUGUGCAUAUCGAAAAGAAAACUGGAUUUUUGGCGUUGGUCUUCGAGCACAUUGCGCUGACGGACAAGGGCAACUGGACGUGUGAGGCAACGCUGACUAACAACAACAAUAACAACGAAGCCACAUCAGCAGCAUCAACGCCGGAUGCUGGCAGCACCGCAACACUGGCCAGCGGUGAGGCGAGGAAGUCCUUUGAGCUGCUCGUAAAUCAGAAAAUCUCCUUUGACAAAACGGAGCUGGUGCAGUCGGCGGGUGAGGGUCGUGACGCCACGGUCAAGUGUUUUGUUAAAGGUGAUCCCCGUCCGGACGUGUCCUGGCUAUACAAUGGCGAAUAUAUAAACACCGUCAACUCAACCAAAUACAAAAAACUCUCCGAUGGACUCUUCAUCAAGAAUGUACAGCAAUCGGAUGCUGGUGAAUACACGUGUCGUGCGAUGCGAAUCACACCAACUUUUGCGGAUUCCGAACAAAUUACGAUUCUACUGAGGAUACAGCAUAAGCCCCAUUGGUUCGAUAAUGACACUUCAUUGGUGCAAUAUGCGUAUAUCGGCGGUAUGGUGAAUAUAUCAUGUGAUGCGAUGGGUGAGCCGCCACCUUCGUUCACCUGGGUGCAUGAGGGUCGUGCCAUUACCGGACGUAAUUAUCGCAUUUUCUAUGCCGAUUAUGGUUCAACGCUACAGAUACAUGUCCGAAAUGAAUCACAACUCGGCGAUUAUAAGUGUAAAGUUGCCAAUCCGUUGGGCAUGCUGGAGCGCAUUGUUAAGCUGCGUAAGGGCCAGAAGCCGAGCGGACCGACACGUUUUCAAUUGCUGCGCGCAUUCACCGAUGGCUUCGACCUCGACAUCCGAUCGGUGAAGUAUUCGAAUGUUGAGGAUAAUAUGCAUACGUACGGCUAUCGUGUGCAAUAUAUGAGCGAGGGGGAUUUUAAGCAUAGCGCGGGCAAUUGGAGUUAUGCAAAGCAUAAGGAUUUUCACUUGCAACGAGGUGGACGCUUUGUGCUCGACGGCUUGGACCGCAACACCACGUAUUUGGUACGUGCUGCAACGCGCAAUCUAGCUGGUCUUAGCGAUUGGAGUACGGUGAAAAUUUUCGCAACACUAACAAAUUUCGCUCGACGAACCGUUACGAAUAUUAUCUGGCAAACAUGUUUAGUAGUUGGCUUAGGAUACUCACUUAGUGAAUAUGUCAAAUUUAGUGCGUACGUUUAAGUUCGAUGCCACAACACCGCUAACACAUACAUAUGCAUGCACACACAUACAUAUGUUGGCAAUUGUGUUUUUUUAUGUACGGUUGAACAAAUACAUACAAACAUACAUACAUCCAUAUAUAGUAAGUCACUCUAACAAUUCAAGCCUUCCUCUCUCCUAUUUCCCUCUCCCAAAAUGCUUUACUUGUUCUUUAGCAAAUGAUUGGUAAAAUACAUAUGCAUACAUAUGUACAUAUGUGGUAAUAGGGCCUUUAGUGAGGUGAAAUCUCUGUUAAAAAAAUAUUUGAUACACACUACUACAUGCAUAGUUGUUGAAUGUUUACGAUUAUUGAAAUUGGUAUGAGUAUGUAUGCAGGUAUGUAUGUAGUUAAUUCUGUUAUAUUUUUAUGUACCUGAUUUGUUUUGAAUACACUGCAUAUGUACUUACAUAUAAUGCGUUGUAGUGGACACUGAUUAUAUUUACUAUACAUUUUAUGGAAGUGUUUACAAACAUACAUACAUUUCAAAAAGUUACACUGCUUUCAGAUUCUGUGAUAGAUUUAGCAAAUUCAUUUAUUCUUGCCAAUUUUGGUUUU